AUGAGACUUCUGUUGUGGGUAUUCUCCCUGGCACACUUCGUGUCUCUUGUGAGUGCUGAAGGCGAUUGUAUCCAUACGUGGUGUGAUACAUGUCUGCCUGUGACGAUCCACGAUGCACCCGGCGUUGGCUUCGAUCUGACACCUCUAUAUGGGACGGCCGUGGUGCAUUACUACAAUGGAACUGUUGUUGAGGUUGCCAAGAUCCAGGGGAGCCCAGAAUACCUCGAGCUUAUGGCACGCCUGGCUACAUCUAAGCCAUCACCGCAACCAACUCUCAAUUUCAUGCGCGAAAUUCCAAUUCCAUCUCGUUUAUUGGAAUAUCUCUUCCCAAGCAGGUCGUCGCCGUGGAGAGACUGGUGGCGUUGGCUGAACAUGAAAAUAGGCCGACCGAUCAAAGCAGACGAUGUCGAGAUCAUUAGUGACUUGCUCCAAGAACUGAAAAUCGCCACCGAAAAGACAAUCUUCCAGCCUCUGGAUAGGGUUGCCGUUACAGAGCCGGGUUUCCAGUCGCUUGACGCGGAGACGACCAACGCUGCACUUCGAAUUCUAGGUCUACGCACAUGGGUACGCGACAGCGUUUAUUACGCCUCUCGCUUAGUGGAAGGAGAUGCUGUGUAUGCAGCGAACGGUUAUGGACUGUGCACCAACUACGAGGAUCGUUUCCAAUGCUCGGACGAAUUUGAAGACUCGUCGGUACCUACCGUUUUUGUGGUUUCCUACAACCACAAUCUCUUAUACACUAGUAUUAUGGACCUUACUAGUGGUGAAGCUUUCCCCCACAGUUCAAGUCUUGAGGCGCAACUCGUCGACUACGAGCUUGGCCUAGAUAGUCUUCUCGAGAAUGAUCGAGGCCGAACCGUGUUAUUGGAUCGCCUCCGUUCACAACUCCAGAUCCUUCCUCGGGAGUCCAAAUAUACGGUCACGCAUAUCUUCUUAGCCGGUGAGAGCGUCACACACCCCCAUUUCCUGGCUACCCUCAGGGACUCUAUGUCCGAACUCUCGCUUGAUUCUGCCACUGCGAAAAUUCAACUCGCAAUAGAUCCAACUUUUGCAGCGGCGCGGGGUGCAGCACUUUACGCACGAAGGCGCCAGGAGGUGCCCAGCGAAUGCUAUGAAAGAGGAGAAUGCGAAGAGAUGAGGAUGCACGAGCGAUUACGCACUUCCACGCGAGAGGAACUUCGGUAA